GCGGAAGAUUUUGGCGCCUACCGUCAUCUGGUAACACUAACGGCGGCAUAUUUUCGCAUAUGCAGCCGAAUAUUUUGGCAAAAAGGAGAAAACUGCUGAAAAGUGAGGCAACCUAGGGAAGCCAGCGCUUGGAUUGCAGCGCCACAGGACCUAUCACACAGCGUUGGUGGAGCACUCAGUGGCCGCCGGGAGUCGUUGAGAUUUUAGAGGGACUCGCAGGACAUCGCCGACCAACAUGUACAACGGCAUUGGACUGACCACGCCCCGUGGCUCCGGCACCAAUGGACACGUGCAGCGGAAUUGGGCAUGUGUGCGGCCCGGGAAAAAGGACAAGGACUACCGCGCCGAGGACGACACCAAGAAGCUGGACGCCCAGCUGAACCGGCCGCCCAACAAGGAGAUUCUGGACCACGACCGCAAGCGCAAGAUCGAAGUCAAGUGCCUGGAAUUCGAGGAGAUUCUCGAGAAGCAGGGACGCACCCCGGAGGAAAUCAAGACGCAGGUGGACUCCUUCCGCCAGAAGUUGAUGGGACAGGGAAAAACAGAUCUGGCCAAGGAUGAAUUCGGACGCGUAGCCAACACAACGACAUCCACGGCUACGGCUGCAGUGGAAAGCACAGCGACUACCUCGGUGGCCACUGCAUCCACGACGACAACAACGAUGGAAGCCACCACGGUGAAGGUGGUGAAACCGAAGAAACGCCGCAAGCGACGCAAACGCGCAGGUCACGCAAUCACCACCACCACCGCCACCGUAAAGAACGCAACCAUCCCCAUUCCCGGUAGCAAACCAAACAGUCCGCGUCCCCAAACCGGAGAGACCCCCUCCUCUGCUCCGGCUGCCACCUCAAAUGGGGCCAGGAAGACCAAGGCACCCUACUUUCAGCACGACAACCGGGAGUACCUGGCCAGGUACGAGAGCUUCCGAUUGACCGCCCACACGUGGAACUAUGCGGCGGUGGCCAGGAAGUUUAAGCCCUUGCGGCCGGCGUUGGCAAGCGGCGCCAACAAGACCAGGCGACCAGCAGUCUCCAAGAGGACUCAUCCAGACUGCGCGUGCGCUUGCCAACAGAAGGAGCAGGAGCCGGCACUUGAUCCGGCCCAGCGAACAGCUGAGCACUCCAUCCAGAAGGAGCUGCCUUCGUCACAGACGAAAAUUAAUAUCGAUGGCAGCGUCCUGCUCGAGCUGCUCAAGUAUUCCUCGAGCAGCCUGCUGGAGACACUGCUGGGAGCCGGCAGUGCUAUGGCAACAAGUGCUCGCGACACCCAUCAAAUAGCCGAGGCUCAACAGCAGAAGAACGCCAAGCUGCGCGAGGCCUUCAACAUAUCCGAGUACUUCGUCGAGGGCAGCAGCUUCGACAGCGAUCGCAAGGCGAAGGAGGACCUGGCCAAAAGCGUGGCUCUCCAAAAGGAACUGGACGCCCAGCGCGAGAGCCUGGCAGCGGCGGCAGCUGCCGCAGCAGCCGGCAAGGACAAGGAGACCGGGAAGCGGUAUGCUCUAGUGCGCACUCCUUCCCGCGAACGGGAUCGCGAUGGUGGCGAUGCGGCGGCCAGUGGCGAUGAACGUGGCGAUCAUGUCUCCAAGACGGACAAGAAGAAGCGCAAGAAGCGCGCCAGAGAGAGUUCGGCCAGUCCUGAGCGCAAGAAGGACAAGAAGAAGAAGUCGAAGAAGCACAAGAAAGAGAGUAAGUCGAAGAAGAAAAAGUCGCGAAAGCGCAAGCACAGCGAAAGUGGCCGGGACAGCGACCGGGAUAGCGAUGACGACGACGACAGCAGCGAGGAGGAUCGACGCGAGUCGAAGAGUGCCCGCAAGAAGGCCAAGAAGGACAAGAAAAAGCGCGACAAGAAGCUGAAAAAGAAGUCACGCACACGGGCCAGUUCCUCGGACUCGGAGCGCUCCAUCUCUCCAUCGCGGAAAGAGAACCAGCCGGACAGGUCCCGUGGUGUAAAGACUUCCAAGUCCGAUGAGAAGGCUUCGCAGCAGGACAAUGUCACGCGCAGCCGUUCUCGCGAGCGCAAGGAUACGAAAUCCAGGCCACUCGAAGCCUCCAUAGACAGUCGCCAUCACAAGGCAAGGGAACGGUCAGCGGCUACGCCACCACGCAAAGAGCCGGAAAGGCAUCGAGAGCGCUCAAAGGAUAGGCAGCGGUCCAAGGAGAAGCACAGGUCGAGAGACAGACUGCGAUCUAAGGAAAGGCAGCGGUCUAAGGAAAGGCCGCGGUCUAAGGAAAGGCAGCGGUCUAGGGAAAGGCCACGCUCCAGGGAAAGACAGCGAUCCAAAGAAAGACAACGAUCCAAGGAAAAACAGCGUUCCAAGGAAAAACAGCGAUACAAGGAAAAACAGUGUUCCAAGGAAAGACAGCGGUCCCGGUCAAAGGACGUACUAAGAGGCAAGGAAAAACCGCAAUCCAAGGAAAGAGAAAGUUCCAGGGAAAGACGGCGCUCAAAGUCCAAGGAUAGACAAAGGUCCAAGGAAAAACACAGGCCCAAGGAAGAGAAACAAUCAGUGGACAAAAGGCGAGAUAGAUCCAGGGAUCGGUCAAAGGAAAAACAGCGCCCCAACGAGCGGCAGCGUUCAAAGGAGAGGCAGCGCUCAAAGGAUAGACAUCGGUCAAGGGAGAGGCAGCGUUCUAAGGAAAGGCAGCUCUCUAAGAAUAGGCAACUUUCCAAUGAUAGGCAGCUCUCCAAGGAUAGGCAAGGAUUAAAGGAGAGGCAACGUUCUAACGAGAGGAAACGAUCAAAGGAGAGACAGCACUCUAAAAAUAGACAGCGCUCAAGGGAGAGGCAGCCCUCUAAGGAUAGGCAGCGUUCAAAAGAGAGACAGCGCUCUAAGGAGCCACGACAAUCAAAGGACAGGCAACGUUCCAAGGAGAGACAGCGUUCCAGAGAACGUCCAGGCAAGGAACCCCGGCCCACACGAUCGCCAAGGGAGCGUAGUUCCAAAACGAGAGACGACCGCCGACAGCGGUCUCCUACCAACGCUAGCAGAAAGCGCCAAGAUGACACUAAAUUAAGCCGCAAUUCCCGAUUCCAAUCACCAGCCCAUUCCCCAGAGGCGCCACCUAAGAAGUCGGUCACCGCACCAGCCUUCAAUCCCUUCAAGGCGGCGGAGGACACUGUUAACGAUAUCCUUGGCACGAAGUCGGUUAUGGUGGCCCUGGAACAGACUAAGCGCCAGCGAGCGGCUUCCAGCUCUAGCUCGGAUUCCGAAAGCUCCAGUAGUAGCUCGACUUCCUCGCGUACGCCAUCGCCUAAGCCCACCCCCAGGAAACAAAAGAAGAAGAGUAGGACACCAGAUCAAAAAGAGGUCAAGAAGGAGGUCAGCCCCAAGGAAGAGGUCCGCAGAAGCUUGAAGCGGGAGCAAUCCAACUCCCCGCAAAAGUCGAAGUCGAAGAGCAAGGUGGUCGACGCAAGUCCCAAGCCUACGAGGCGUCGUUCUCGCUCAGGUUCCUCUGAGUUGCGGUACUCGCCAGCUGAACGCCAUCCGGAACGCUACCGCGACGUCGUCCAGGACAAAAAGCGACCGUCCAAAGUUAGGGAAGCCCACUCGGCGAAGCCUGCUCCAGUGGUCCGCCUGAGGGCACAAAGCGACGACGGCAGCGAUGCCGAAACAGGAGUAGAUGGUGCCGCCUUGGAGGAAUUCCAGCAGAGCAGGCGCGAGCGCGAGGAACAGCAGGAACUGCGGAUGCUGGAGCAACUGAAGUCGGGGAUAGCGGCCAAGGCCAAGCAGAAGAUCAAGAUCAUGGAGAAAGACCCGGCCAAAGAGGGUAGCGAAGUAAGUGGCAGCGACCUGGUGACGGCUACUAAACGUAACUCGCUAAGCGAAUUCCUUGUUGCUAACAACGUGACCGCUUUGAUUAACCCACUGACUACAACCACGCUAACACUAACGACGACGCCCCCGCCGCCUCUGGCGGUGAUUCUGCCGCUGGAUCAGCGCCAGGAGCAGCCUCUGCUGCGGGAUCCGGAUCAAGAGCUAUCCGUGCCUGUGGAGGAACCGGUCAAGAAAAGGGACGCCGGCACACCGCCCAUUUGCAAGACGCCCCAAGUGGCGGCGAAUGGCGACGCAAAGAGUCCGACAUUGGUUUACAAGAACCACGUGCACCACAACAGGCCGCCUCCACAGCACAUGCAUCACCAGUCGCAGCAGCAGCAGCAACAUCACCAGCAUCCUUCGGGGAAGCGCAUCUUCCACAACCGCACGCUGAACAAUAACCCUAACAGUAGACAUAGUACUAACAACCCUCAUGCAUGUGGUGGUGGCGGGGUCCCUCAUUCAAAUCCCAACAGUAGCAAUAGCGGCGGGAACAGCAACAACCCGGCCAUGCUCCCGUUUCUGGCGGGAACUCCGGGCACCUACAAUCGCACCACAAACCGCCUCAACCACGGUCCCCUGCUAACCGCCACCCACUACAACAUCUGCAAGAACCACCAGCACAGCCUGCAGCAGCAGCAGGCGCACCACCUGGCUCGUGGCUUGGUCUACAACUCCAGUCUCUUCGGCCACGGACCGCGCCAUCCAGGACUACUGUCUCUGGCGGGAUCUGGUGUGGGCGUGGGUGGGCCAGGUGCUCCGCUGUUGGGUCAUCCUUCGCAUGUUCGGGGUGGUGGCGGUCCCAUUAGCUUCAAUGCGGCGGCAGCGGCUGCGGCCGUGGCCGCCAAUAGUAUUAGCUACCAUCAUCAUCACCAUCAGCAUCAACAAAAACCGAAAAUCGUUAUAAAACCCUUCAAAAUUCACGAUCCACAGCCCCUAGUCGCAGCGCUCGCGGACAGCUCACUGGUGGACGCCAUCGUCUCCAAGGUAUCCACGGCCACCGUGGCGGCGGCGGAGAGUGCGGCCCGUAGGAGCCGUAGUCGAGAGCGUCGGAGCCGAAGUCGCAGCAAGAGGCGCACGAGCACCAGCCAUCAUCGACAUCACUCCAGCAGCCGGUCGAGAUCGCGCUACAGCUCGUCCAGCAGUCGCAGCGGAUCGCGCAGCUCAAGGUCCCGCUCCGGGUCGCACUCCUCCCGCUCCAGCUGCUCCUCGCACAGCAGCUCGGGCAGCUCCUCCUCCGGCAGCGGCUCCGGAUCAUCGCAGUCCGGCUCUCGAUCGCCCUCCAUCCCAAGGCGUCGCGGCUCGCCCAGCUUCCUAGACAGACGUCGCAUAACGAGCGCUCGCAAGCGACCGAUUCCCUAUCACCACAAGGCGAACGCCGAUGGAGAGGCGGAGGAGGCCUCAAGUUGCUGCUCCAGUUGCUUCAGCCGCGCCAGCAGUCCUGCCACGCCCCUUCUUACGCCUCUGCGCAACAGCCGAAGUCCCUCGACGAUCGCCUUCUGAGUGUUAACCGCGUCGCUGCGCAGGAUGUGCCGCGAGUCCUGAGGCACGGUUGCCCCUCAAUCAUCACCAUCAUCCUAGUCACCUGCUCUAGUCAGACUCCUAGUCCUAAGAUAGUUGUUAUGCGCAUUUAACUUGUUUUACACCGCAUUCCGUAGCCCUAAGUUAGUCAUCUGCCCAUGAAUUUACUAGCGAAAUUAUAUUGUAGCCCCGAUAUUAUGCCAAUAAUACUCGUUCGUAAGCCUUUGCUCGAUUAUUUGCUAGUUCUAAGCCGCGUUUAAUAAAAAAGCAUUAUUUGUUGCAUCUCUAAA